CGCGGAGCCGACAGUUUCGGAUGAAAAGGCAAAAGGUGGGUGCAAAGCUGCCUUGUAAGCCCCCACCCCUUACUUGCAUUUCCGUCUGCUCUGCGGAGUUGGCAGUCGCGGCCUGCAACACAGAUCUGAGAAGAAUGUCUUUGGUAUUUUGAUUGGUAUCGCAUUGAAUCUAUAAAUUGCUUUUGGAGAAUGGACAUUUUGAUGAUAUUGAUUCUUUCAAUCCAUGAGCAUGGAAGAUUUUUCCAUUUUUUGGCAUCCUCUUCUAUUUCUUUCUUUAAGAUUUUGUAAUUCUCAUCGUAGAGCUCUUUUGACGUCCUUGGUUAAGUUUAUUCCAAGGUAUUUGAUUGUUUUUGUAGCUAUUGUGAAUGGGAUUGAUCUUAGAAGUUCUUUCUCAGCCAUGGCAGAAAGUGUUUUAAGAAGAUUAAUCUGGCAGUCAUAUGGAAAAUGGAUUGGAAUAUGGAUGAACUGAAGGCAAGGAAACCGUCUAGUCUAUGGCAAUAAUCCAGUUUUCUAGGAUGUGGAACUGCAAGUUGUCCCACCUACAAAGCAAACUCCAGGCUUUGCUGAAGGGAGGAGUCAUAUGCCGAACCCUUCAACAACCCAACUUCAAAAGCUCAUUUCUUUUAACGAUCCAUAGGUACCAUACAGUUUCCAAACCUCUGAAUUGUGCCUGGCAGCAGCAUGAAGAUCAUUUUGAACUACAGUAUGCUAACACUGUGAUGCGCUUUGAUUAUGUCUGGCUUCGAGAUCACUGCCGGUCAGCAUCUUGCUACAACUCUAAGACUCAUCAGCGCAGCCUGGACACUGCCAGCGUGGAUUUAUGUAUCAAGCCAAAGACCAUACGUUUGGAUGAGACCACGCUCUUUUUCACUUGGCCAGAUGGUCAUGUGACUAGAUAUGAUUUGGAUUGGCUGGCGAAAAACAGCUACGAAGGGCAGAAACAGAAGGUUAUCCAGCCUAGAAUAUUAUGGAAUGCCGAGAUCUACCAGCAAGCUCAAGUUCCAUCUGUAGAUUUCCAGAGCUUCUUAGAAAGUAAUGAGGGACUGAAGAAGUUUUUGCAAAACUUUCUGCUCUAUGGAAUUGCAUUUGUAGAAAAUGUCCCUCCCACUCAGGAGCACACAGCAAGGUUGGCAGAAAGGAUCAGCUUGAUCAGAGAAACUAUCUAUGGGAGGAUGUGGCAUUUCACUUCAGACUUCUCCAGAGGUGACACUGCAUACACGAAGCUAGCUCUGGAUAGGCACACUGACACUACCUAUUUUCAAGAGCCCUGUGGUAUUCAAGUGUUUCACUGUCUUAAGCAUGAAGGAACGGGUGGCAGGACACUGCUGGUAGAUGGAUUCUAUGCAGCAGAACAGGUACUUCAAAAGGCACCUGAGGAAUUUGAACUCCUCAGCAAAGUACCAUUGAAGCAUGAAUAUAUUGAAAAUGUUGGAGAAUGUCAGAACCACAUGAUCGGGGUUGGGCCAGUGUUAAAUAUCUACCCGUGGAAUAAAGAGCUCUAUUUGAUCAGGUACAACAACUAUGACCGGGCUGUCAUCAAUACUGUACCUUAUGAUGUUGUGCAUCGUUGGUAUACAGCACAUCGCACUCUAACAAAAGAGUUGAGAAGACCUGAGAAUGAGUUUUGGGUCAAACUGAAGCCUGGCAAGGUCCUAUUUAUAGACAACUGGCGUGUCCUACAUGGCAGAGAAUCCUUCACUGGCUACCGCCAACUCUGUGGCUGCUAUUUAACAAGAGAUGAUGUACUAAACACUGCUCGCCUCCUGGGGCUUCAGGCUUAACAGUGCCAGCAUUAUUAUUAAGAACACACUUAGCACCCUGAUUACCAGAAUUUCACAUAAGCAGAAUAGUAAUUGUGUCAGAAACCUACUUCAGAUUGUCUCUUUACUUCAUCCCACAAAACAGAAGCUGCCCUGUUCUCUAGGAGGGGAAACCUUUAGAGAGAGGGGCCUCUGAUUUACCCACUGUCAGCCAUCUAGAGUGGCAGCUUUCUUCCCUAAGAUGUAACAUGGCUCACUUGUUUUUUUUAAAAAAAGUUUUGAUAUAAUACUGGUCAAUUUACUUCAGAAACACACUCUUGAUAUGUAUAGGAAAUCAAGAACAAUCACUAGGUAAUCAUUUAUUCCGACUAGAUCACUUGGGAUGAAAUGCACUCUAGAAAUGACAGCAUCCUGAUAAACCAGCAAUAUGCAAAUUUGUGAUCUUAGGACAGCUUAACAUUCCCAAAAGGUAUUGAGGACCUCAAAGAGUCCUUGGGUGUGGGUUAUAUUUAUUGACACUAAUUAUAUUAGAUAUUAAGACAGAAAUGUUUAAAAUUCAAGAACCCAGAAGGGCAAGUCCCUCAGCUAUCUGAGAGACAAACACAUCAUCACAUGUCACAUAGCCUCUGGAAAAUUUCUCUGUAUAUGAAUGACAUAGUGAGAGUGAAAAAAAAUAAGGUGUAAUCUUAGUGUUAUUAUAAAAACAUUUUGUAAACCACAGACCCAUUAUAAGAGUCUUAAGGAUCCCUCCAGGGUCCAUACUUUUUGAGAACUAAUGAGCCAUAGUAUAACUUGGACAGGCUUUUACAUAGGACUGUGGAAUAAAGGGUUUAACCAGAAACCCCUCAACUUUUUCCUCUAGAGUUUCCUAGAGCUGCACACACUGUAGCAAUUGCUACAAAUACAAAUAUACUGUUUUAUCUCUUGGAAAAAGGUAUCUCCAUCCAAAUCUUCUCUCAAGAAAUAAAACUGGGAAGUCACAACAGUUCCUGUGCAAGAAUCAGUUUGGUAAUUAUGUGAAGGGUAAUUGCAGAAACUUUUUGGAGACUUCUGAGGUUCCAUAUAAUUCUUUACACACACACCCUCACACAUAUAGCCACCCCGCUUCUCCCCCCUCCCACCCCACUCCCUCCCUCACACACAUCAAGAGAGAGUACAAAGGGUUAGUCUGUAAGAUUGCUUGGGGAACUAAACAAUAUGAUAGAUAAUAUCCCUCCAGAGAACUAGAAAUUAUCCAAACUUUUAUUUUGGCAAUUUGUUGUCUUUUAGGAUGUAAUCUAUUUUCUUUCAUUUCUGCUGAUCUUUCUUUUCUUAAAAUAGAUAUGUUAAUUGCUAAAAUUUGACUAGAUCAAAUAUAAUACUUUACUUCCUCUGUUUUCUAAAUGUAUCCUUUUAUGUAUGGGGGGAGAGAGAGAGAGAAGGAGAGGGAAGGGAGGGAGGGAGAGAGAGAAUGAUUGUAUGAGAUUUAUACCCUUACCCCCACCCCCUGCCAGCUUUCAUUAAAGCUGUAUAAUAACCACAUAGACACUGUAGGAUGUUGAAAGAGAAUCUAUGCUAGGACACACAGAAGAGAAAAAGAAAAUCAUGAACACAGGAAUCAUAAAGCAAGAAAUGAAAGUAUUCUGACAGAGCAUACAGCCUAGUCUGAUAUUUUCAGGGAGUUCCUAGGUCACAUCUGAUAGCUGAUGUAUUAUUGAACUACUUAAUGCUCCAAAUUGUGUUCUCAAAAUAUUUUUUCAAUUUAUUUGUACUAUGUAGGAAUCUUCAGGAAUCUUCCAUGAAAUUUGCUUUCCUCUUAGGCCAAAGGAUUGAUAAUUAAGUCUGAAUCUUAAAGAAUUACACCCUUUAGCAAUCAGUACAGAAGUAACAAUAUUUUAGUAUGCCAAAUUUUUUCUCUACUAUUAUGUCCUCUUAAAAUAUACCACCAUUUGUCUUCAUCAGUAUAUAUUCCUUUUUUGAAGUUUUGCAUAAGUUGAAUACAAUAUGAGGUCAGCAUUUAUUUAUGACAAAGGCCCUGGGUUGAUAAGGACAAAAAGGUGAGUCCUUCAAUUCCCAACCCUCUCACUCCUUUAUGAAGAACUCCCCUUACUUUCUACCUUUCCUUACUUAUUAAUGAAAUAAUUAUUUCACCCUCCUUUUCCAAAAUUUUCAAUCAGUCUGUGUCAAGAAUGUACUCCCUGCAGAGGAAUAAAAGAGGGAAGGGAAUUAUUUGAAUGGUGAUCAUGUAUUGUGCAUCCAAUAAACUUUCCAUGUGAGAUA